CGCAGUUGGGACCACACCGGUCACACUUCCCGGAACAGGGAGGAGCUGCUACUUAUCUUGGAUAUUAACACAAUCUAUACUCAUUGGUUUGAUUAAGCCUCACCAUUGCUGACCAGGAUGAUUGACGUUCGGGCAUGGGCAGAGUACGUGGUGGAGUGGGCUGCCAAAGACCCCUACGGUUUCCUCACCACUGUCAUACUGGCCCUCACACCUCUCUUCAUUGCCAGUGCACUGCUGUCCUGGAAACUGGCCAAGAUGAUUGAGGCACGUGAUCGGGAACAGAAGAAAAAGCAGAAACGUCAGGAAAACAUAGCCAAGGCCAAGAGGACCAAGAAGGAUUGAGCCUGUGCAUAGGAUAAGGGCAUAAAAACAAAAGGAGCUACCACCACGCUCACUGUCCUCUUUAUUCCAAAUACUGACACGGUGCCCUUCGUUGUCCCAGCCCUACUGUCAGCACGGGGCCACUACGCCUCGUGUCCGGGGUAGGAGACUGGCCCCGCAGGCCUAACAGUGCUGAGACGGACAGUACUGCCCGAAGGAGGCUCGUCCCAGUGGGACUUUGGUCAGCAAGAGCACAGUGGUCAUCUGUAUGAUGUUGUUCUACAGAAAUCCGCUGAUAAUAUUGUGCAGCUGUUGCAACACCUUGCAUUCCAUUGUUAGCUCCCAUGUUCUGCUGAAUUGACGAUGUAACGAGCAUACUGGAACUUUUUCCCAAAUAUCCCAAAUACUGCUUUCUAAUUAAUAAAAGUUUUCAUGGUUGAUAAGAAAA